AUUCAUAUCACCCAGCACUUUGCAUAUCUCUGUCCAAUAGUUCUAGUAGUAUACAAUGUGACCGUAGCCAAUCAUUUUUUAAUUUUAAUAAAGCAGAUUAUUUAAAAAUCAGUUCUUUCUUGGGAUCUUUUAACUGGUAUUCUACCUUUCAUCCUCUUGAUAUUGAUUCGGCGUUCAACACUUUUUACGACGCUCUACACCAAUCUAUACUUGAUUUUGUCCCUAAGUGUACAUUCCGCAAAUCGACAUAUCCGCCUUGGUAUUCCCAUGAAUUGAAACAAAUUGUUACGUUAAAGAAAACGGCCCACGUAAGAUUCAAGUCAUCUCUAAGCAGUCAUGACUACCAAGAAUUCUCCUUUCUCCGUGCUAAAUUCAAAUACCUUUCAAAAAAAUGUUUUCUCGACUAUGCCAAACAAGCAGAUUGCUCCUUAAAAAGUAACCCAAAAAAAUUCUGGCAAUUCAUGAACAAUAGUAGAUCCAAUCACAAGGAUAUCCCUAAAGUUGUUUCUCUCAAUGGCACAUCCUCUUGUAACGAGCACGAGUCAGCUGAGAUGUUUUCUUCCUACUUUUCCUCAGUUUAUUCUUCCAAGGUGAUUCCAUGUGACUUUGAAAGUCCAGACAUUUACUCUUUUGACCUGCCAAACAACGUCUCUUUAAGCUUAGAUGAUGUCUACCAAAAAUUAUCUGAACUACAUUGUAACAAAUCUGUCGGUCCGGAUGGCCUACCUGGUGUAUUUCUUUCCAAGCUGAAAUCCAUUAUAUCUUACCCCCUUUGGAUUCUUCUUAGGCGAUCACUUGAUGAAGGCAUCUUUCCACACAUUCUUAAACUGGGAUCUAUAACACGCCAAUUCUGA